GGUCGGGCAGUGCCGGGAGGUGACAAUGGGGACACUCGUGGUGGCCUUGGGGACGCUGCUGCUGCUGCUGGGGGGACCCGCCGAGCCCGUCCCUGUCCCCGAGCCUUGGGGACAAGCGGCGAUGUCGCUGCUGCGGGGACUGGCGCUGCUCCCCGAGGGGACACGCGAGGGGACACGGCCCCAGGAGGGGACACGCGAGGGGACACGGCCACAGGAGGGGACACGGCCCCAGAGGGGACUCUGGGCGUGGCUCCGGGAUUUGGGGACCUGGAUCCCGACACCCGACGGGCGACCCCAAGGACCCCCGGGGGGGCGACCCCAAGGGCCGGGGGGGUGGCCCCAGGGACCCUGGGGACGUCCCCAAGUGCCCUGGGGGCGUCCCCAAGGACCUGAGGGGGGUCCCCAAGGAGGGUGGGGGACGUGUCCCCAAGGAGCGGGGACGGCGGAGGCGCGACCCCAAGAGGAGGGGACCCGUCCCCAGGGACAAGGGACAGGUCCCCGAGGGGAAGGGACACGUCCCCAGGAUGAGGAGACGGGUCCCCAAGAAGAGGGGACGCGACGCCAGGGACAGGGGACGGGUCCUCAGGGACAGGGGACGGGUCCCCAGGAGGAGGGGACAGGUCCCCAAAAGGAGGGGACAGGUCUCCAGGGACACAGGACACGUCCCCGGGGACGAUUCCCACCCCACCAGAGACAGGGGACAGGUCCCCAAGGACAGGGGACAGGUCCCCAGGGACAGGGGACAGGUCCCCGGGGACAAGGGACAGGACCCCAAGGAGAGGGGACAGGACCCCAAGGAGAGGGGACACGUCCCCGGGGACGUCCCCCGGUCCAGGAGUGGCCGAGGAGGAGCCUUGGGGACAUCGGGGACACCGCGAGCCGGGACACGUCCGGGGCCACCAGAGGCAGCGACAGCCACGGUUGGGGACACUCGGAGGAGCCGCGGGAGUGGCCGUGACACCGGGGGGGGGACGUCCCGGGGCCGUGGCGCGGUCACCGGGUCCCCUCCUGUCCCCGCGUCCCCACCCCGAUGUCCCGAACC